AUGCGGUGUCUUACCAUUGCUGCCCUUGCCGGGCUCGGUAGUGUCGUUUCUUCUCAAUCAAUCGACUUGGCUUAUGUAAAUGAGCAACCAGAUCCCACAUACACAGUAGUUCCGGAUCAGCGCACGCAGACGGUCGCAUACAACCAAGACUCAGCCAUCGCUUCAGUUGUAGCGGUUGCCCUCAAGACUCCCGUACCUGACCCCGGCGAGGGUGCUCUCCAUGCGCGUAAUGCUUUGGGAAAACGCGCUGGGCCUUGCGAAGAUCUUCAGAACAAUUCGAAUGACUACAACGCCAAAUUAGACCCUGCCGAAGCUUUUUUGGCAGACGAGAGCUUGCAGAACGAAGCGAAAAAUGCCAAAACUCCGGGUGGAUACACUCAAGUAUACUCCAAUUUAAAGAAGUCGGCUCAGGCCAAUGGUUAUAUGGGUUACACAAUCAUGCCAAGCUACAAUGUACAGAUGUGUGCAGACAGGUGUUCGAACACCCUCGGUUGCCAGGGCUUCAACACCUACUUCGAACGCAGCCCCAGCAAAGCACCGGCAGCAAGCUGCCAAGAUCCUCCUGGCAGUGCCAAUCCGUUCUGCGUGCUAUGGGGAGGUCCGGUCUCCAAAGAAAACGCACUCAACGAGGGACAGUGGCGCGAGAAGUACCAUGUUGUCAUCACGGCGUCGAAUGGCUAUGUCCGUACAUCGUCCCUUGAUCCUCAGUCUGGCAAGGCUAUCAACGCACCCCUCGACUGCAAUAACAACGACGCUUAUAUGGGUAUGCGUCUUCUGACUGACAAUGCUCCUUUCGAUCCGCAGAGGUGCGCUGCAAUCUGCGAAGCUACCAGCGCCUACAAUAUCCAGCAUCCGGAAACUGGAAAGGCUCCGCGACUAUGCAAGUUUUACAACACCUACAUCCUGAACAAGAACUACAUUUCCCAGGGUCAGGCGUGUUCAAUGUACACACAGUACUGGGAUCCUAACACCUACGCCACCAAUGACGGUCAAUACGACGGUCAGGGCAAUCACUACACCAUCUCUUCGAGCACGUUCUUUUCGAACAAGACAGACAUUGUUACACCUGUGUGUCCCACAGAUAUCGACAAGCUCAAAGCCAAUGCCGACGCGAGUGCUUUCUGUGCUACCUACAUCAACUACAUUCCCCCAUCCACCUCUACUGUAACUGUUGGGGGCGUCGCCACGACCAUUGAAGCAUGCGGACAACCGACCAGACGCGUCAUCAAGCGCGACGAUAGCGAACCAGUAUUGAUUGAAGCUGUAGUAGGUGUCUUCCCUAGCAAGGUGGACAACGCUGCAGUGACUGGCGUAGAGCCAGCUCUUGAGACUCUCCCUGCAGCGAGUGCUACUAACUCUGAUGCCCUUGCCGCGGCUACCUCGGCGGCCAUAGCGUAUCUUGAAAGCAAUGCGGGUGUUGCAUCAUCUGGACCCACACCCCUGGCUUCGAGCAUACAAACCGCUGCCAUGCCUGCUAUAACUAGCUCAGCACAGUCUUCGGACGCCGUGGAGAAGCGUGCAGCGUCGACACCUGAUGCGCUUGCUGGUCGUAACCCUAUCGAGAUUUCAAGCGCUUGCUCCAAGAUCGUAGGAAGCAGCACACCCACUGUUACUGUGACCGCUGCUGCAUCAACCGCAACCUCAUACAGGAAGUGCAGUAAUUUCCCCGCCAAAUGUCCAAAUAGUUCUCCAGCAAAGCCCUUUGCUGGUGACUUUGACGGUUCUUAUUCCAGCUUGGAUGACAACGUCUACACAAUUAACCUACCUUUCACUGUCUGCAUCUACGACACUUGCAGCAAAAAGGUCAACCCCACAACUAAUGGUAUCAUCUCACUGGAAGAGUAUCGUAACUCUGGCUAUCUCAAUGAUGACGGUCUACCGAACUUCGGUGGCAAAGCAGUACUGUCUGCCCUGUGGCAAGAUAUGUACAUUUACGAGGACGAGCCACAGUGGAUGUCAUACACUACCUGCGGCGACACAGGCAAGCGCACAGUCACAUUUGACUGGCGCGUCGGCAGGUACCAGAGUUCCGAGUUCUACAGAUUCUCCGCGACAUUCUACGAAGACAAGCCUGGCCGCAUUGCGAUGCGCUAUUUCGAGAUGAGCGACAAAGGUUCCAGCGCUACCGUCGGUAUCGAGGGCAAAAGGAACGGGAAAAGUAAGUCGUUCAUUCGCAAAGAAUGGAGCUACGUCACUAACUAUGUCUCAGCUGCUUGGUCUACGUACUCGCAGAAGCAACCAAAGAUUACCGCCGGUCUUGCCAUUGUUUGGGAUCCUGUCGCGCUUUCAUGGAGUAAAACCGCCUAG